AAAAAAUAUCAUGUUAAUAUGAUCAAGAGACUAGCUGUUGAUCAGAUUUUGGGUUAAGUUAUGGGAAAAAAAUGAGAGACAUGGAGAGGAGGAGAAGAGAAGAAGGUGAGACAGAGAGACUUAGGCGGCUUUUUUAAUCUAGCCGUCCAAUUUCAUCCAACGGCUGCGAUCUGUCCUCAAUUAAGGCUUCUCUUGAGACUCCCUCUUUUUUUUUGUUAGUGAAAUAAACCCUCUAAAACCUUAACCCCUUCCCUUUUUCUCAAAGUCCCCAAAGGGCAAACCUCCAUCUUCAAAUAAUUCAACCGCUCAUAGCGAAAAUCGAAAGUGUUUGAUUAAAUAUGCAGAACGACGAGGUCAUAUGGCAGGUUAUCAGGCACAAACACUGCAGCUUCAUGUCCAAAAUUGAAACUGGGAUAUUCUGUAGAAACCCAUAUAACGUAACUGGGAUUUGUAACCGAAGCUCGUGCCCACUGGCUAAUAGUCGCUACGCCACCAUUCGCGACCAUGAUGGAGUCUUCUAUCUUUAUAUGAAAACUAUAGAAAGAGCUCAUAUGCCAAACAAAUUGUGGGAAAGAGUUAAGUUACCCAGGAAUUAUGAGAAAGCACUUGAAAUUAUUGACAAACAUCUGAUGUACUGGCCUAAGUUUCUUGUGCACAAAACAAAGCAACGGCUGACUAAAAUGACCCAGAUGAGGAUACGCAUGAGGAAGCUUGCUUUGAAAACAAGGGAGAAAAUAAUGACGACGCCAAGGAAAGAGAAAAAGAGAGAGGCUAGAAGAGAGGAAAAGGCUGAAAAAGCUGCAGUGUUGGAUAAGAGCAUUGAGAGAGAACUAUUAGAACGCCUCAAGAAAGGAGUCUAUGGUGAUGCAUAUAAAGAUAUAUACAAUUACCCCUUUGAUAAAUACCAAAAAGUUCUUGAAGGGGAAGAAAUGCAGUUGGAUACUGAGAGAGAAGAAGAAGAGGAGCAGGAACCUGAGAUAGAAUAUGUUGAAGGUUAUGAUGAACUUGAAGAGGAAGAUGAUAUUGAAGAUUUUGCUGGUUUUUCAAUGGACAAUUCUCAUGCAGAUGAUGAUUUUGUUGGAAGUGAUGAAGAGGCAGAAGCAGUUAUUCGCAAGAGAGAGAGAAAGGAAUCUGCCUUUGCUUCUAGAAGAUUUGAGAAAGAUGAACCUGCUGCCAAAUCGAAGAAGCCGAGGGUACUUGUUGAGGUUGAGCAUGAAGAUGCUGGUGUUAGGCAAAAGGCAGUCCACUGAGAACUUCUUCUUGUUUCAUUAUUUGAUCUGGAAAAGAGAUGGUUGCAACGCUCUUCUUCUUGUGAGGUUGGCCUAUUUUUCUCAAAGCUUGCUGCGCAAGGAAGAAACUUGCCGAUGGUGACCAAAUUUUGAAAGAUUUUGAUAGCUGAACAAUUUUUCAAAUUACCAUAGUGUUGGGAAACCAUUGUAUUGCUAGCUUUGAGUUGGAGCUGGCUUUGGCCUGUGGGUUGUUUGUAGGCCAAGGGACAUUGUUAGUUAGGUUUUCUGUAUUUUAAACGUCUUCUGUAACAAAGAAAAACAAUAGUCUGUUGGAAGGAUCCUAGUUUUUUCCUUUGCUUUUGUUUUGGAUUUUAUUUCUGUUUAUGAAUCCUUGUUCUCAUUUCAUUUGGAUGACGUUAAUGAGAACUCCUGUCAUCCCUUCCAAAUGUAAUUUUAAGAACAUAGUUCUAAAUUAAAUGGUUCUACAGUUUAUGGGUUGUUCAAGAUCCAACAAGUCAUGUCGUCUAGUUGGUUUCCUACAGUUAAACCGCUUCCUUCGUCGUAUCAAAACAAAACCAGCAGCCCACAACUCAUAACUCUAUCUGGUUGGAGCCCACAGGUUUCUCUAGUACUUUCCAGUUCUCUCCCCCUUUCUCUGCAUAUAUAUGUUUCCUCUUUCUCCAACACUCGUAUUCUAUCUCUCUGUCUCGAUCAUCUUCUACUUGUAUGUCCAACUGUUUGGAGUUUUUAUGAGUCCGAGAGAAAUGGAUCAACAAUAUUCCAGGGACUUUCCGAUCCUAUCCUAUAUCCUGUCAAGGCUCGACCCUGAAUCCAAUCCACCACUCUCACCCCAACUCCAAGAAACUCUGUUGACUCAGCUUCCCCACCUGAACCACCCCAAAGUCCUUGCCUCCAUGACCCACCUCAUCCCCACCACCCUCUCUCAGACCCUCUCCCUGCUCCGGGCCCUUGGUACUCCACCCGACCCGUCCACCGUGGUUGUGGCACGUGCCAAGAUCGCUGAAAUCCAGUCUAAGCUCCAAAACAGUAGUAGUAGUGUCCUCCAAGAAACCCAGAACUACUCACAAGUGAGAGAAGCGGCAGAGAAAGAGUUGGAGAUAUACAAGGCGGUGGUGAGGUUGGAGGAGAUGCACGCGACCUAUGAGGAACAGUUGAGGGAUGUGGAAGUGAGGCUUGCUGAGGCAUAUGGCUCGGUCGUGGUUGAUUUAGAAAAGGAGGAGGGUGAGGUGAUAAAACUGAAUGCGGAAGUGGUCAGGAUUUUGAAGGAGGCAGAGAGUGGGGUAGCUGUUGAAAGAGUUGAGCUUUCUGGGCGUCAUCUGAGGUUUCUACCUGAGGCUUUCGGGAAGCUUCAUGGCUUGGUCUCUCUCAACCUGUCAAACAAUCAGCUACAGUCCAUUCCAGAUUCAAUUGCAGGACUUGAGAAACUCGAGGAGCUCUAUGUUUCGUCCAAUCUUUUAGUUUCCUUGCCCGACUCCCUUGGAUUGUUGCUUAACCUGAGGAUCCUCAAUGUGUCAGGAAACAAGCUGGAUGCCCUUCCUGAAAGCAUUGCUCGUUGCAGUUCACUGGUGGAGCUAGAUGCAAGCUUUAACAACCUGAUGUGUUUGCCAACAAAUAUUGGUUAUGGGCUACUGAAUCUCGAAAGGCUCUCAAUCCACUUGAAUAAAAUCCGUUCCCUUCCUCCAUCCAUCUGUGAAAUGCGGUCACUGAGAUAUCUAGAUGUUCAUUUCAAUGAGCUUCGUGGGCUGCCACAUGCAAUUGGGAGACUGACAACUCUUGAGGUGCUCAACCUGUCCAGCAACUUCAGUGACUUGACAGAGCUUCCUGAAUCAAUUGGUGAUUUAACCAACCUCAGGGAGCUUGAUCUAAGCAACAACCAGAUUCGAGCUCUUCCCGCAAAAUUUGGUCUGCUAAGAAACCUAAACAAGCUCAAUUUGGAUCAGAACCCGCUCGUGAUUCCGCCAAUGGAGAUAGUAACUCAAGGGGUUGAAGCUGUCAAGGAAUACAUGGCACAGAGGUGGCUCGAUAUCAUAGCAGAGGAACAACAGAGGAGCAUGCUUGAAGCAAGCAAACAAACAGCUCAGACUGGAUGGUUGGGUUGGGGAACCUCCUUGUUGAAUAACUUGGUUUCUUCGGUCUCCCAUGGUGUUGCAGGUAAUCUUGGAGGGAAGAGAGAUUCUAGAGACCCAUGUCUUGAUCAACAGUUGUGAUCAUCCAGCUUUUUCUGUAAAUAUUCCUCUGUAUAUAUGUGUAGUCUGGACAUUUAGUUAUGUAUGAAGUCUGGUAUCUGUAAGAUAAUACUGAUUUUACUGUAAUUGAUGGAUGAAGAUGGUAUACAUUGUUUUUGUGUAAAAUGUUCUUGAUAAAAAUAAAAAUAAUAAUAAUUAUUGAG